AUGCAAGUCUUACUUCAAAUAAUUGACAACAGGCCUGUUCCUGAAGGAAUUAAAGCAGUAGACAAGUAUGAAGGUUGCCCGGAGAAACUAUUAAUUGCCUUCACCAAGUAUCUCGCAACAAAGAAGAUUGCACUUGCAAAGAAGAUGAAACAAAUGAGAGUGCAAUACGUGCAGAUGCCUUGGCAAAACGAAGAAAAUGCUGUAGACUGUGCCAUAUACUCGAUGAGGCAUAUGCAGACUUACACAGGCACAUCAAUAGAAGACUGGAAUGCAGGACUCACUGGAGGCCCUGAAGAUAAUACAUUCCUCACAUCACUGAGAGCUAAAUAUGCCGCAACAAUACUCAUGUCAGAAUGGAAUACCCUUCUAUCAGAGGUGACAAAUGCAGCCAAAGAACUCUACAAACAAUCAAAGUGACCGUGUUUGUAAAGAUGUUGAAUCCUGUAAACUGAAAUUGAAACAAGUAUCUGAUAUGUGUUCUUUAUUUCGGAAACUACUCUAACUCUGAA